AUGACAACUGACCUGGCUAUCCAGGUAGAUGUUCCUGAUCUACUAAACAUCUUGUUUCAAGAUGUUUUAAUUACGAACCCCACAGAAUCGGAAACUGACCUACGACUAUACCCAGAAAUUAUAUUGCAAAAAUCAGAAAAGGGAAACAAGCUUUAUGCAUCGUUCCAGAGGCAUUCCCCACAGUUUAUCAAGGAAGUUGAUGGAGGGGAGAAGAAACAAGUAUUGCGAUGGCGAAAUUCAAACAUAGAAUCAGCACAACGAAUAAUACUUGAUAGUUGGAUAGCACAAAAUUCUGGCAUGAACUCAACUAGUGAUAAAGAUAGUUCCAAACUAUCAAAGUCAUUAUCAUCUACGGGUCGAGCUAAUAAACUUUUUGUUUGGUCAUCUAGUGACUCCUACAUUGAAGAGAAAAAGAGACAAUUGCAACUACGAAAGGGCAUGGAGGGAAAGAUAUCACAAUCUCAUAAAGCUGCUGUUGAAACCGAAGAGAAACCUGUAGAAACUGAUACCAAAUUGGAGACUCUACGAAAGCAAUUACAUUUAAAAUUGUCACUGGAUGCAAUAAACAACAAGCUAUCAAAAAAGAUUGAAAUUGAAGCUAAUAGAUUUAUUCAUUCUAGAAUACAAAAGAUACGAAAUCAUCAUAGUGAGCAAAUGAUGAAACAAAUCAAUGAGCGGAAGAGAAAAGAUCACGAAAUGUACUUGCAACGACUUAAAUUGAAAGAAGAGGAGUAUGAAAACUCCUUACGACAAGAUCAAGAUCACGUUAAUACCAAAAAGCUGAAUUUUUUUGGAAACUUGUUUGGUCUAAGUGGGAGCGCCAUGUCACCAGAGGUUAGUAGCCCCAUUGGUUCAAACGAUGCUACAACCGCCCACAAAAGUAACUCUAAGUCAUCAAAGAAUAAACGCACAACUUUAUUUGGCAUGCAAUCUUUGUUUUCCAGUAGCAAUGGACUGAAAAAACGAGUGGAUAAAACCAUCAUGUUUGAUGCAGAAGAUAAAUCAGAUACACAAUCAAUAGCUGAUUCCAACAUGGACCAUUCCAUUAUAUCUGCGAGCGAGGAGCCAGAAGAGCAAGAGUCAAUGAAAAGACCGUCAACUGGUGAUUCCGCAAGUGUAUCAAAUAUCAAAAAACAAAACGGAACAGUACCAUUGUUUAAUGUCGAUGAACUAGAGUCCCUAGAGUUGAAGCGAUCACCACAAAAGUCAAAUGGCACUGGAGUGGCUAGUUCUGGAGACAAUCGACAAAGUAAAGGCAGCAACGAAGAAGAGAACUUCAACGACGAGUUUACUGAAUUCACUACAGUUACGUCUGAAAAUGAUCUGGUGUCUUCACCUCCACCUCUUGCACCAGUGCCAAAACUAUCACAUAACUUCUUUUCUGUGGAAAAGGCAAAUGCUAAUGCGACGCCCGCAACUUCAGGCAAUGAAUUGAUUGAUUUGUUUGAUACAAAUGAACUGAGACCAACGUCACUGGAGAUAAAUUCACCUACUCCAUCCCAGUUGCAAGCUAAUGUGGAUAACUUGUUAGAUUUGUAA